AUGUGCAUCCUCCUGUUAGGUCCAUCAGUUUACCCUCAAGGGUCCAUCCCACAAGCUGCUUUAAACCAUCUGAAAUCCUGGAAAACAUCCUCGGUUUCGACGACUGCGAGUUUUUCAGGUGAAACCCUUCGGAUCGGCCUCGUCGACCUUGCGGAUUUGUAUAACUGUGUCCGGGAAAUCAUUAUCUCUCCGAAAACACAAAGUCAACUCGUUCAGUAUCAGAAUGGGAAACUUGUAGAGGAGGCAUUGGAUGAGUCUGUCACGUUUUUGGACACUUGUGGCAGAGGUAGGGAUCUAUUGUUGGCGAUGAAACAACAUGUUCAAACCCUGCAAUCAGCUCUACGACGAAGGCGUGGAGAUUCGAGUAUCGAAACUCAAGUUGCAGCUUACAUCAAGUUCAAAACAGCAAAAAAGGAAGUAGCUAAAUGCCUUGGAGCAUUGAAGAAAUUAGAUCGUAAAUUUGGUUCCUCCUCCACAGCCUUGGAUGUAGAUCAACAUUUGUUAAUGGUGAUCAAAGUCCUAAGAGAAACAAGUUACAUUACCAUCUCUGUUUUUCUAUCUCUUCUGCUCUUCUUCUCAGUGCCUUCAAGGGUUGCAGGAUGGUCGAAGGUUACAAAGUUGAUUCCCACGCGAUUACUUUCAAACGAAAGAGAAGUGAAGGUAAUGACUGAAGCUGGGAGUGUUGAUCUUGCUUUUCACUCCAUCAAUGGACUCUUAAAGAAUGGUGAAGCGGAGAUGGUGCAGAGGAUGUUGAAGGCUCUUGAUGCCACCAUUGAUGGGCUUGAAGCUGGAUUAGACAGCGUUUUUAAGUGUCUAAUUCAAAAUAGAGUCAGUUUCCAUAACAUCAUCACUCAUCAGUGA